AUGCGCUUCUCACUAGCACCCUUAUUCUUCGCUUCUGUGGUCAUCUCCUCAGUAGCAGCUACAAGCCGGGCGUACUUCGGAGCGGCCCCAAACCGGCGGUCUGACAAGACCAUUCGUGCCAACGACUUUGGCGUAUAUAUCAUAUACCCCGAACAUCCCUCCGAUGAGCGGCUCAAUAAACAGGUGGAGGAACGACUGGGCGAGAUAGCGGGACGCGCUCAGGUAUUCACAGGGAGGACUGACCGUGUCUUGCUAUGGAGUGGUAGAAUGAACGCGGCCGAAGCUGCAACAGCCCGGAAGACCCCGGGCGUCCGAGCCGUCCAUGAGGAUCGAGGCGCGACAGGCCCCUUGCCAGACACUGCUCACAAGGCAAUUCGAUCAGCGGUAAGCUCGACGCACGGAAAGAGAGGCGAUUCAGAUAGUGGAUACAUUCGCCAGAAAGGCGAUAUCGCCGACUUGGCUGCUACUAGCCAGCCGAAGGAUACGGAGCAACGUCAGUAUUCGGACUACGCCUUUCAUGAAAGUGCCGCGGAAGGAAUUUGGGUGUACAGCAUAGAGGAUGGAGUGAUACGCAGUAAGGAGCUCUCGCGGGUACAAACCGUCCAGACCCCGAGGGCGAAAAGUUCAGGCGUGAAUCCCGACAUGGAAAGGGGCAUCGAGCCGCACGGGAGCUGCGUCAUGAGCAAAGCCGUCGGUCAAGAUUACGGCAUCGCGAAAAAGGCCUCCCUCGUUGCCGUCCAGCAAGGUGCCGAUUCCCGUAGCGAGUUCCUUUUUGCCUUGGUCGAGGCAUACAAUCACAUCACUUCAGAUGACGAUCGCAAGCGAAAAAGCGUCGUCAGCAUUACCCUUCAGUUCGAGGACGAGUUCAACGACAAUGGCGAAUUCGAUGUUUUCAAGGAGACUAUGGGAAUUUUGUUCGACCAAUUCGUCAAAGCCGACGUCCCCGUAAUCAUGGCCGCUGGCAAUUCGGGGCUGGAGCCAGGCCACAACGGAGUUGAUAGGUACCCGCAACUCUUUGCCGGCGAGAAGCCUUUGAUCGCCGUCAGCGCUGUUGAUGCCACGGGGGUGCUUCUGCCAAAAUCCCAAAGAGGUCGCGAGACUACCAUAUAUGCCGCCGGUGAGGGCUCCUGCAGUGUCAACGGUGUGAGAUAUUUUGCUUCCGGGACCUCACAAGCGCAGGCUGUUGUCACAGGCGUCGUGGCAUAUUGGUUGGGAAUGCCGAGGGGCAAAGGCCCGCAAAUCAAAGCCAAAUCUGGCGAGUUCGUCAAGGAGCUCAUCAAAUACAUGCAAUCCGACGACGGCAGCUGGGCUCGCAAGAGCGGGCUACGGAUGAUCUGGAAUGGAGUCACCGAGGACCAGUACGAGGGAGCAGAGAAACCGUAA